AUGAUAAUGCUCGCCCUCCUGACCAAGUUCCUCGCGCGCGAGGCCGAGCUCGUCGUCAUUUCGGCCAAGGGCCAAGCUCUCGAGACAGUCCCUCGGCCAAAGGGCCGCCUACUGGUCUUUCCCGGUAGUUUUGAUCCUUUACACGAGGGCCACACGAAGCUGGCCGAGGCGGCGCUCGAUGCCACGAAACAGCGAGACGCCGAGGAGCCUUCCUUGUUGUACGAGAUCUCGCUCAAGAACGCCGACAAGGGUGUCAUCGACGUCAAGCAGGCCGAGGAGCGCCUACUCCAGUUCAAGAAGGCGAAUGCGGCGGUCGCGUUGACCCGGAGAGCACUGUACGUCGAGAAGUCGCAAUUGUUUGGGCCCUGCGACUUCGUCAUGGGCGCGGACACCGCGUCAAGGGUCCUCGAUGCGAAGUACUACGGCGGGGUCGAGGGCCUGGCGGAGGCGCUGGACACGCUGCGGAGCCGCGGUUGUGGGUUUGUGGUGGCGGGCCGGCUCGGAGAACAAAGCUUCGUCGACGCCCACGAGGCGCUCGCCUCGGCGCCGGAUUCCCAUAGAGACAUGUUCCUCGAGAUCCCGGACUUCCGCGUGGACAUCUCGUCUACCGAACUAAGGGAGAGGGCGCGGAGUCGUAAGUAG